AUGGCACAAGAGCCUGAGCCCAUUGUUCGCAUUCGCGAACUACAGAAGGACCAUGUAAACUUUGUCGUUGAAAAUGUCGACCUCGCCCUCGCUAACUCUCUGCGCCGAGUCAUGAUGGCAGACAUACCCACUGUUGCCAUUGACAUGGUAGAGAUCGAGACGAACACAACCGUAUUGCCCGACGAGUUCAUAGCCCAUCGGCUAGGUAUGAUCCCACUCGUGAGCAGUAACUGCGACGAGGGAAUGCGAUACACUCGAGAUUGCACAUGCUUGUCAUGGUGCCAGUUCUGUGCUGUCGAGUUGACCCUUCAUGUAGCCUGCCACGACGGUGUGGCUAUGGAUGUGACAAGUAUGCAUCUUGAUGUCAGCGGUCCACGGCCAGGAGACAACAAUUGGAAUGAUGAAGUAGAGGGAGGAGACGAGCUAGCGAAGCGGCCAGAGAACUUUGGGCACCCAGUCGGAAAAUUUGACCCCAGCGUCUCUCCUGUCCUUAUUGCCAAGAUCCGCAAAGGACAAGAGCUGCGACUACGGUGUAUAGCGAAGAAGGGCGUUGCAAAAGAACACGCGAAAUGGUCACCAUGCUCGGCAGUUGCAUUCGAGUACGACCCACACAACAAACUUCGGCAUACAUCGUACUGGUUCGAAUCAGACGAGAAGGCCGAAUGGCCCCUCAGCGAGAAUGCCAAAGAAGAAGAAGCGCCUCGGGAUGAUCAACCCUUUGACUACAACGCAAGACCAAACCGGUUCUAUAUGGACGUCGAGACAGACGGCAGUCUCGGACCACAGGAGGUGGUCAUGAAGGGUCUUCAAGAACUACAAACAAAAUUGGCCAACCUCAUACUCGGCCUCAAACCCGAGCCCGAGCUCGACAUCCUCCCCCAAUCGAGCGAGUCUCAGCAAAACGGUGGGCGACCAGGCGGCGGAGGAGGCGCGAGCUCGUGGGGGGCGGCAGCUGCAGGCGGGUGGAACAGCCCAAAUGCCAAUGGUGGGGGAGCGAACUGGAGCUCAAGCCCCGGAAACAACGCGCAGGCCGUGGGGUGGCAGACGCCGGCAGCCCCCGCCGCGGGUGGGUGGGCUAACGGUAGCCCUGCGCGCGCUGCGGGAGGUGCUAAUUGGGGUAGCCCAUCGGGCACAGGAGGCAGUGGUGGUGGUGGUGGUGGUGGUGGUGGCGGUGGCUGGGGCUCGGGGAGUCCCCCAGCGGGCGGCGCUGGUUGGGGCGGUCCGAGCGCAGGCCAGGGCAGCAGUGGGCCAGGCUGGGGCAGCCCGAACCAGACAGCGCAUGGGUGGAACACAUAA